AUGGCGGCGGCGGCGGACUGGUCAAGCCUUCACCAGGACCUCCUCAGCCGUAUCUUCCUCCUAAUCGCAUGCCUCGCCGACCGCGUCAGGGCCUCCGCCGCCUGCAAGCACUGGCGCCGCGUUGCGCUGGAUGACCCGCCCACGCUCCCCUGGCUCCUCACGCCCUCCACCGCCGGCAUCUCCUGCUACCGCAUCUUCGGCGGCUUAGACCAUCCGCGCCCGUCCAUCCCCGGCGAGGUCCACGGGGCGCGUUUCUGCGGCUCCUUUCCCGGCGGCUGGUUCGUGGCCGCGCAACACGACUGGCGCGCCCACGCCCUGCUCAACCUCCGGCCCGGCGAGCGCGUUCCCCUUCCGGGCCGCGUGCGCAUCCCCCUGUACCCCAUCGUCCUCAAGUGCCCAAUAGUAAUCCGCGUCGCCGCCAUGUCCGCCCCGCCAUCGUCUGGCGCCUGCGUCGUCGCUGCCCUAACGUCAGGCCCGACCACCUUGGCGUUCUGGCGCCCGGGCAUGGACUGCUGGUCGCAACCGCCGAUGGGGAUUGUCGUUCCGCACAACGCCCAGGACCUGACAUACCAUGACGGAUGGUUCUGGGCCAUCACCCCCGCGGAGAAUCUCGUGUGCUACAAGCCGGAGAUCAACGAUGGAGACGCCGCCUCUCUUACUAUUCGACAUCUCGUCUACAAGUCCCAUGGACAUG